AUGCAGAAGUUUUUUGGCUUGGCCUAAGGAGGUUAAUAUAGAAUUAGUUCUGGCUAUUUGCCUCUUUUUGUUCUAAGCCUAUCAAAUACAUGUUUUGUGACCAGGAUUUCCAAUCAACAAGUUCUCUACACGCGAUAAUCAAGCUCGGUCUUCGUGCGACUAUAACGAGCUAAAGGCCGAGAUCAACACCAGAAUAACAGAAAAAGGAAGGAAAGAGUUGAACAAGCUAGACACCAUGUAUCAGCGGUGCAUGCCCAUUAUGGAGGUCUUUAUGUACUCCUGCCUUCUUCUCGUAUUCACGAUAGGACGAUGGCUGAAACUAGUACCCUGUUUAAAGCCCUACAUCAUAACAGCUUUCAACAAAUGUGUUGGUACCUGUUUGUCAGGCGAUUUAAUAUGGGACACGCUAUUCUCAGCCGAGAUGUUGCAGACUAUAUGGUACUGUAUGCAAGUUGACAAUCACAGGAAAAUCCGCUUGGGUUCCAAGGCAGUUAGCACACCAGUACUUGAAUCCGACGAGAAUAACAACAAUCACAUGGCAACUUCGAGGCUACUUGACCACGCCAAGGAAGGUCGACCUCUCGUCCUCAAUUUCGGAAGCUACUCGUGUCCAAUAUUCCGAGCAUACCUGUCCGAAUUUCGGACACUUGUGGAAAAAUAUUCAAGUGUAGCUGACUUUUUAGUUGUGUAUAUCGAAGAAGCACAUCCUUCAGAUGGCUGGGCAUUCCAGAACGACACACCUAUACCGAGCCACAAAUCGAACAUCGACCGUUGUGUAGCGGCGAAGCUGCUUGCGGGCGCCGUGAACCCCGGAUGCAAGAUUUUGAUUGACAGUUUGUUGAAUGCAUCAAGUAUCGCUUACGGAGCCACGCCUACUCGAUUACAUGUGGUACUAGACGGUGUUGUUGGCUAUGAGGGUGGCCCAGGCCCCAUGUCCUAUCGGAUCAGCGAAGUUCGUCAGUGGCUUGAAGACUGGUGCGAGUCCAGUAAAAAUAAGCCAAUCAGCGUCAACAAAAGUUCACUAUGAUGAGAAUCCAAUGAGAAUCGAGCUUUUGUGUGGGUUGCGGCUAGUGACGUGAUACUGCUGUAUUCAGAAUGCACGUGAUCACAAAGGAUCUCAGAAAGAACGGGGAACUAUUUGAAUGACGUUUUCAGAAAUGAAUUGUUGACUGUAUGUAUACAAGUAUACAAAGCGCAAACAGGCUUAAAAUAUAGAAGACUACAGUUUUUUGUCCGAAAAAAGACUUCUUGGAACAUCUAUUGAAAUACGAUAAAAACGUUUUGCAUAUAUUUUUAAUCUUUGAACACAGAAACGUUUUGAAGAUAUUUUUAAUCUUUGAACAUAAACAAUGGAGCGGUUUUAAUGGCUAUUUUUUCAAAUUGAAAUAGUCAGAUUCACUAAAUCAAUAAAUUAUUUAUUGUUUUCACGUUUUUCGCUUGCCGCUAUGCCAUAUUUUUAAUCGCAUGUGAUAUAGUAAUAAACAAAAUCGCCAUUAAAACAAAAGGCGUCACUUU